AUGGCUGUUGGCAAUCUCUAUGUCAUUACGGCUGUGUCCGUCAUUGGCGGCGCGCUGUUUGGUUUCGAUAUCUCGUCGAUGUCAGCCAUUAUCAGUACGCCAGCGUAUAAGUGUUACUUUAAUCAAGGACCCAGGGGCCCGCCAUUCAACGAUGACCUCGAUUGUAGUGGUCUGUCUUCCCUGGCCCAGGGCGGUGUUACCGCUGCUAUGCCUGGUGGUUCAUGGCUUGGUGCUCUUAUUUCUGGUUUUAUCUCCGAUCGUCUUGGCCGGAAAUACGCUAUCAUGACUGGCUGCAUUAUCUGGGUUAUCGGUUCAGUGAUUAUCUGUGCUUCCCAGAACAUGGGCAUGCUCAUUGCUGGACGUGUGAUCAACGGUCUCAGUGUCGGUAUCGAGUCAGCUCAGGUCCCCGUCUAUAUCUCGGAGAUUGCGCCUCCUUCUAAGCGUGGCCGUCUCGUUGGCUCCCAGCAGUGGGCUAUUACCUGGGGCAUUUUAAUCAUGUACUAUAUCUCCUUCGGUUGCUCCUACAUCGGCCAUGGCAACGCUUCCACUUCCCAGAACUACAGCACAUCCGUUUUCCGUAUCCCCUGGGCUGUGCAGAUGGUCCCUGCCAUUCUUCUUUUCUUUGGAAUGAUGCUCCUCCCCGAAUCUCCCCGUUGGUUGGCCCGCAAAGACCGCUGGGAAGAGUGCCAGUCCGUGCUGGCCCUCGUCCACGCCAAGGGCGAUGCCAACAGCCCCUUCGUUAUCGCCGAGAUGCAGGAGAUCCGCGACAUGUGCGAGUUCGAGCGUGCAAACAAGGACGUCUCUUACAUAGAACUGUUCCACCCCAAGAUGAUUCACCGUACCAUGACCGGUAUCUGGACCCAGAUCUGGUCUCAACUGACCGGUAUGAAUGUUAUGAUGUACUAUAUCACCUACGUCUUUGGCAUGGCUGGUUACGAAGGCGAUGCCACCCUCCUCGCUUCGUCUAUUCAGUACAUCAUCAACGUUGUCAUGACCGUUCCCGCCCUGAUCUGGGUUGACCGCUGGGGUCGUCGUCCUACUCUCCUGAUCGGUGCCACCCUGAUGAUGAUCUGGAUGUUCGCCAACGCCGGUAUCAUGGCUACGUACGGCGAGGUCGUCCCUGGUGGUAUCAAGGGUGUGGCCGAGGAGUCCAUGCGUCUGAGCGGUACCCCUGCCAAGGGACUCAUCGCCUGCACCUACCUGUUUGUCGCUUCCUACGCCCCGACUUGGGGUCCCGUCUCGUGGGUGUAUCCUCCCGAGUUGUACCCUCUCCGUGUGCGUGGAAAGGCGGUUGCCCUGGCUACAUCUGCCAACUGGGCUUUCAACACUGCUCUCGGCCUGUUCGUGCCUUCCGCCUUUGCCAACAUCCGCUGGCAGACUUACAUUAUCUUCGGUGUUUUCCUGGCCGUCAUGCUUGUCCACGUCUUCUUCCUCUUCCCCGAGACUGCUGGUAAGACUCUGGAGGAAACUGAGCAGAUCUUUGAAGAUCCCAAUGGUAUCCCGUACAUUGGUACUCCGGCCUGGAAGACCUCCCACGAUACCAAGCGCACUAUCGCCGCCGAGUCUGGCGAUGUUGAAGUCCUCGGGGAGAAGUUGGCUGGUGCCGAGAAGCGCUCUGCUGCUCACACCGAGGAGGUUUAG